AUGUCGGACAACAGCCCCCCCAACGGUUCUAACGAGAAGGAAUACUCGCCCAAUGACACCAUGGAACGAUAUGUCAACGGCAAACUCGAAGUCGAGCAUGUCGAGCCCGACUCCAGACGCGGCAACUCCAUAGUCCCCCGCAACUUGUCCGUAGCAACAGACAAUGGUCGACAAUAUUCCACCGGUGGACCCAGACGACAGAGCCAAUGGGAUGCCAUGAAAAUAGCCAAAGAGGGCGGUGUCGAAAUCGACGAAGAGAUCGAGCUGCUCGAGGAAGAGCUGCGGAACAACCCUGUCCCGCAUAGCUUCUUCGCCCCUGUCAUCAACUUCAAGAAUCCUGCCCACUUCACCUGGCUGCUUGUUGGCUUUGCUUCUAUGGGAGGCUUGCUAUCGGGUAUCGAUCAAUCCCUCAUCUCUGGUGCCAAUCUCUACAUGCCUGCGAGUUUGCACCUCGACACCUCGCAGGUCUCGCUUGUGGCUUCUGGCGUACCGCUUGGUGCAAUUGGCGGUGCCCUUCUUCUUGGGCCGUUGAACGAGGCAGUAGGCCGCAGAAUGGCUAUCAUCAUCUCCCUCAUCCUCUACACCGUUGGUGCGGCUUUGGAAGCAGGUGCCAUCAGCUUCGGUAUGAUCGUCGCUGGUCGUGUCAUUCUAGGUCUUGGUGUUGGUCUGGAAGGCGGAACGGUCCCUGUCUACGUUGCAGAAUCCGUGGCCAGGAAGUACCGAGGAAACUUGGUCUCCCUCUACCAAUUCAACAUCGCUCUCGGUGAAGUUUUCGGCUACGUCGUGGCUGCCAUCUUUGUCAACGUCAAGAGCGGCAGCUGGCGUUAUAUGCUCGGCUCCUCCCUCAUCUUCUCCACCAUCAUGUUGGCAGGCAUGUUCUUCAUGCCCGAGUCCCCCCGCUUCCUCAUGCACAAAGGCCGCACCCUCGAAGCCUUCAACGUUUGGAAGCGUAUUCGCGGCACAGAGCUCCAGGAAAACCGCGAAGAAUUCUUCGUCAUGAAGCACUCGGUGAUCAACGAGCUCGAAUCUAAGGAGACCCGCUCCGGCGGCUUCGCUUGGCUCGACUUUAUCACCGUGCCCCGUGCUCGCCGCUCCAUCGUCUACGCCAAUAUAAUGAUCUUCCUUGGUCAAUUUACCGGUAUCAAUGCAAUUAUGUAUUAUAUGGCGACUUUAAUGAGCCAAGUCGGCUUCGACAGCAAGCAAUCCGUCUUCAUGUCGCUCGUCGGCGGUGGCUCGUUGCUUCUUGGCACCAUCCCCGCCAUCUUCUACAUGGAGCGCUUCGGCCGUCGUUUCUGGGCUUGUGCCAUGCUGCCCGGCUUUUUCCUCGGUCUGCUCAUCAUCGGAUGUUCCUACCUCAUCGACUCCAAAACCAACGUCGGUGGAGCCGAGGGCUGCUAUAUCACCGGCCUUAUCCUCUACGAAGGCUUCUUCGGCUCCUACGCCUGCUUGACAUGGGUUCUACCAGCAGAAGUCUACCCCACCUACCUCCGCUCUUACGGCAUGGAGUCUUCCGACGUCACCCUCUUCUUCUGUUCCUGGCUCGUGACCUACUUCUUCUCCGACAUGGAAGCCGCCAUGUCGCGCAUCGGUCUCACCCUCGGCUUUUACGGCGGUAUAGCAGUCCUGGGAUGGUUCUACCAAUUGGCUUUCAUGCCCGAGACGAAGAACAAGACGUUGGAGGAAAUCGACAUCCUAUUCUCGCAGCCGACGAGCCAGCUCGUCAAGCAGAACCUGAAGGGCGUGGCGGAGAACUUGUCGGAUUUGGCCCAUGGCAGGUGGGGGAGAGUGUUCAGACCCAGUCCCGAGAGUCCGCUGCCGGAAAUCCAUGAUGAUACGCCGGUUGGGCCUAUUUCGAACGCUGUGCAGGGUUAG